AUGGCCACAACUAAACAAGAAUUUGGAAAUAUUAUUGAUGGUAAAGUAAUUUCAUCACAAGUUAGAGAAUCCAUCAAAAAUGAAAUUAAAGAAAUGACCGAAAAAGGAUUAAGAGCACCAUGCCUUGUUGUUAUCCUUGUUGGUGAUAGAAAAGAUUCACAAACUUAUGUAAGAAAUAAAAAGAAAACUGCAUUAGAAUUAGGUAUAAAUUCAAUUGAUAAAACUUUACCAGAAGAUAUUUCUGAACAAGAAUUAAUUGAAAUCGUAAAAUCAUAUAGUGCUGACCCAGAAAUCGAUGGUAUUUUAGUACAAUUACCAUUACCAAAACAUAUUAAUGAAGAAACCAUUUUGAAUCAAAUUUGUGAAACUAAAGAUGUUGAUGGUUUCCAUCCAGUAAAUAUUGGUAAAUUAGGAAUGAGAGGAAGAGUUGCAGAUUUCCAACCUUGCACACCAAAAGGUUGUAUCGAAUUAUUAGAUAGAAGUGGUAUUAAAAUCGAAGGUAAAAACGCUGUUGUUUUAGGCAGAUCAAACAUUGUUGGUUUACCAGUUUCAUUAUUAUUAUUAAAUAGAAAUGCAACUGUUACAAUUUGCCACUCAAAGACUCAAGAUUUAAAAGAAAAAUGUAGAGAAGCUGAUAUUUUAGUAGUUGCAAUUGGUCAAGCUAAAUUAGUUAAAAAAGAUUGGAUUAAACAAGGUGCAGUUGUUAUUGAUGUUGGUAUGAACACUGAUGAAAAUGGUAAGUUAUGUGGUGAUGUAGAUUUUAAUGAUUGUAAAGAAACUGCUUCAUAUAUUACUCCAGUUCCAGGUGGUGUUGGUCCAAUGACAAUUGCCAUGUUAAUGAAAAAUACUUUAGAAAGUGCCAAAAAGAAACUAUUAAAAUAA